AUGGCAUAUUUGUCAAUAUCAAAUGCGAAGAGUGUGGAUAUUUUAGUUAAGAAUUUAUGCGGGAGCAGUGGUUUUUGUGGAAAUAAGGAGUUGAUAGCAUUUGAAAAGGGCGAGUCGUCGUGUUCUAGUAAUGUUGAAGACAUAAAUGAAUUUUUGGGCAGGUUGAAGAGAGCAAGUGCUAAGCCUUUGUUGUCAAAUGAGUGGGAGAUGUACAUACAUCAUGUAGGGCAGAAGUUUGAUGGUGGUGUAGAGGAGUUCUGGUUGAAAUUGUGCAAGUAUGCUCUCAAAAUACAGGAAUCAAAUAGUAAGAUGAUGAGGUCUCGUGUGGUGCCCUCUCUCUUUAUUGAUAGAAUUCGUGCAAAACCAGAGCUGAAGCCAAUUGAGAUUAUAAACGAGUUCAAAGAUUAUUACGGUAUAGAUAUUUCAUACUAUCACGCAUGGUUUGACAAAGAGUUAGCGAAACAGGACGUUCACGGGGAUAAGUCGAAGUCCUUCAACAAGUUAGUGUGGUAUGCGGACACCAUAAAGGAAACUAACAAUGAUUUUCUAUAUGAGCUUGAAUGUGAAGUUGGAAUUAAUCGCUUUAGACGAUUUUUUGUACCAUUUGGCGGUUCAAUUGCUGGAUUUCAAUAUUGCAUCCCCUUGUUGUUCAUUGAUGCUGCAUUUUUUAAGAGCAAGUACAAGGGCAUUCGGUUUUAUCCUCUAGCUUUUGGAGUUAUUGAUUCUGAGACAGAGGAGAAUUGGACUUGGUUUCUUCAACAUUUGGCUGCUAUAUUACUACUGAUGGAAAGAAUGGUGACUUUCUUCUUUGACCGUAAUCAAGGUUUGUUAAAUGUAAUGAGGGUUGUGUUUCCUGGAUGGCCUCAUUCCUACUAUUACUAUCACCUAAAACAAAAUUUGAUAUCGAAGUAUCCGAAGUCAGGUUAUGGGAAACUGCUCCAAGACCGUGUUAUCAAUCUAUUUAGUAGAUGUGCAUAUGCUGUUAUGGAAGAAGAGUUUAAAGUAGCAAUGGAUGAGUUGGUGAUUGUUGGGAGUUCGAAAGUGAAGACAUUUAUAUCUGAUUUGUCUAGAGAUCACUACGCCAACGCAUUUUUCAAAGGAAUGCGUUAUAGAGAGAUGGCAAACAGUUUAGUCGAGUCGUUUAAUAACUGGGUUGGUGUAUUUCGAGAUUUGCCGGUGUUACCUUUGAUAGAAGGGAUUCGACAGAAAUUGAUGGUAUUGAAUUCUCAACCACGAAUUGAAGCCGAGAAGGGGACAACAAUUUUGUGUUAG